CGUUGUGUACAUUGUCAUUAAACAGUUGAAAGUUGAGUGUCUGCUGGCAAACACCUAAGCUGCGGAUAAAGCAUUUAAAAUCUCUCACUACACCGACCUAUUGUCUGCGAAAAAACGAUCAUUUCACAAUCUUACAACAUUCAAUUAAGUGUCAGACUUUAAACAAACAAUCAAUAAAACACGUUUAAGACUAAGAACUAAGCAAAUCUCCUACCCGAUUGGCGACUGAGAAGACAGAAUAACACGUGAAGCCAGCUAAUAACUAAGCCAAUAUGUCAUGCUGUUGUAGUCUGCCCACCUGGGCCAUAGUUAUAGGGGUGUUACAAUGUCUGGGUUGUUUUGCUGCCACCGUUUACAUUGCAUUUGUAAUGAUCCAAAUAGCAUUUAUACAAAACACAGAAAUUAUUAUGCUACAAAUGAGUAGCAUUUUGGUCUUCGUCUUGAUAGCUCUGGCCUUUACCAUUACCAUGAUUGUGGGAGUUAUGAAGAAACGCUAUCGACUGAUAUCGCCCUACCUUUGGUUUUGUCUUAUCGCAAUUAUUUUGUAUGUUAUCCUGCAAGUAGUUGCAAUGGUCAUUCUAAUAACGACAUUGGAUGAUGUGCCUACACAUCACAUAGUCAUUUAUGUACUACGAAGUGCUGCCAGCGUUUGCAUACAACUCUUAUUUAUGUUUCCCAGUUAUAGAGUCUACAAGAGAUAUCGGGCAGAAGCCAUGGACCCGGUAACAGGAUUGCAAGAGGUCUAUGCAACGGCACCCAUAGUUUAUCAAAAUGCCUAUGGCAGCGAAAAAACCCAUUUUUAAACUUCUUUUACCUUGCAGGCAUAGAUUAAAGCAGAAACUUUUUUUAAGCCUUAGAAAAUUAAACAAAAGAUGCAAGAGGAAGACGACAAAUAAUAAAUUUUUUUAUACUUAAUUUGAAAA